AUGAAGGUCCAAGAACAGAAUUAUUGUUCACAAGAUCACUCUUCAUAUGAUGAUAAACUCCCUAAGUUCAAGGAGAAUCGAAAUCAUCAAUCCCCAAACUCCUCAUUCUUCGCGGGUGUUGAUUCGAUUGAACAAAAUUUCAGCAACUUUCUUCACAAGGAUACAUUGCAGUCGCUUGUUGGAGCUGCUGCCGUUACUUACCAUUCGUUAGCACAAAGAAAAUCGCCUGAGAUUUCGUCUAGUAAAAAGCCUAGUAGAAUCAAGUGGACACAAGAAAUGCAUCAACGGUUUGUCGAGUGCGUUAAUAAGCUUGGAGGGUCUGAAAGAAAUAAUUCUGAGAGUACUAUUUCCACAAGUUUUACUUCACAAGAGCAUGAUCCAAAGCGGGACAUGUCGAUAAUGGAGGCAUUGAGAUUACAAGUAGAUGUUCAAAAGAAUCUCUAUGCACAACUAGAGAUUCAAAAACAACUACAACUAAGGAUUGAAGAGCAAGGAAGGUUACUCAAGAUGAUGAUGAAUCAACAAACAAAAACUAAUUAUGAACUCGACAAAUAUGCAGAUUCAGAACAAGUCCACCGAGAAAUGUAA